AUGCAUAUUUAUCUAUCUAUGACUAUUCAUUAUCUCUCUAUGGCCGUCUGUCUCUCUCUCUCUCUCUGUUUUAAUCUAUCUAUCUAUCUAUCUAUCUAUCUAUCUAUCUAUCUAUCUAUCUAUCUAUCUAUGCCUAGUAUCUAUCUAUCAAUCUAUCUAUCUAUCUAUCUAUCUAUCUAUCUAUCUAUGUCUGUUCAUUUUUUUUCUAUGGCUGUCUGUCCAUCUCUCUCUGUUUUAAUCUAUCUAUCUAUCUAUCUAUCUAUCUAUCUAUCUAUCUAUCUAUCUAUCUAUGCCUGUUCAUUAUCUCUCUAUGGCAGUCUGUCUAUCUCUCUCUGUUUUAAUCUAUCUAUCUAUCUAUCUAUCUAUCUAUCUAUCUAUCUAUCUCUUCUUAAAAGGGUCUUUAUCCGACAUAAUUUCUUAAACGCUAUUUUUAUCUCUCUCUAUCUACCUGUCUGUUUCUUCACAUCUAUCUAUCUAUCUAUCUAUAUCUAUCUAUCUAUCUAUCUAUCUAUCUAUCUAUCUAUCCUAUCUGUUCAUUAUCUAUCUAUCUAUCUAUCUAUCUAUCUAUCUAUCUAUCUAUCUAUCUAUCCUAGUCUGUUCAUUAUCUAUCUAUCUAUCUAUCUAUCUAUCUAUCUAUCUAUCUAUCUCACACGAAUAUCAGUUCAUUUUUCUCUUCACUUUGAUGUGAUCCAAUUUUAUAUUUACCAACCAUUUCAUUUCUGUUUUUACUUUUUAUAUUCUGCGCUAUGUUUGUUAUCUAUUAUGACUUCUUUCUUUCUUUCUUUCUUUCUUUCUUUCUUUCUUUCUUUCUUUCUUCUUUGUUAUUUUUUUUCCUUCUUUCUCUCUCUUUCUUUCUUUCUUUCUUUCUUUUUUCUUUCUUUCGUUCUUUCUUUCUUUCUUUGGAAUGACUUUUUUCUUAGUAGUACUGAUCCACGUAAUUUUGUUAUCUUUCUUAAUUUUCUCAUAUCUAUCUAUCUAUCUAUCUAUCUAUCUAUCUAUCUAUCCCAGUCUGUCCCUUAUCUAUCUAUCUAUCCCAUUUGUUUUCUUUGUUUCUUUUAUUCUUUCUUUCUUUUUUUCUUUCUUUCUUUCUUAACCUGCCAAUAUCUAUCUAUCUAUCUAUCUAUCUAUCUAUCUAUCUAUCUAUCUAUCUAUCUAUCUUACUUUGGUAAUAUCUAA